AUGCGGUUAAGUCACCAGAUGGAAGCUGGAAACAUCAGCAUAAAAGAUUUCCUAUUGGCAGCAGGAGGAACAAUCGGGGAGAAUCUGAGACAUGACGAUGAAAAUUCAUCAUCAAAUAAUGAAGAAGAGGAGGAUGAUUUGGGCCCACCAGUGGCGCGCAACCCACCAGUUGAUUCAAAACGAUUUGAAGAGUUUGUGGACAAUGAACUCAAUGACGAAAUUAGCGAUCUUGAUCUAUCAGAUGAUGAUGAUGCUGAUCCUGAUUUUCAAUUGAUUGAGCGUGAAAUGGGUGCUGAGGAGCCAUCCUCUUCAGACGAUGAGAAUGAGGACAAUAAUUCAAUAUCACAGAACUUGACAGAGUCAGUGACCUCUCGACCAUCAACAAGUGACAGCCAAUCAACUGAGCCAGCUGAACCACUUCAAACUAAAAGAGCUUCGAGAACAAGGCGUUCAUUUGAUCAAGCUACAGGGUCUCGAAAUACACGUGAUUCCAUUGCUCAAGAUGGAAGAAGGUUCCAGAGGAAGGUUCCAGCUCAAUAUGGAAGAAGGUUCCAGAGGCAGUAGAAUGCUCAUGGCAGCACUGAAUCAGCACACAAAAGACAGUUUUGCUAAACAAGUAGCAAA